AUGACGGCAGCUCCUAAGCCUAGUAGGCUCCGGGUUAGAAUCGACCCUAGCAGUCCGGAGUAUAGGGCAGCUGCGCGCAAGUACACGGCCUUCUUGAUCGCCAUGCCCAUCUUCCUCGUGACCUCGUGGGCGCUGUUCAACCGGCUCGCUCUCGGCGCCCAAGUCAAAACGCUACCCCGAGAGCCGGCACCGGCAGCUUCGAGCACGGCAGAGAACGGAGGAUGA